AAUCUGUCUAUUGUUCUAAUAUGAGUAUAUAAACACUCAAUUUUCACCACUGGCAAUAUCACUGAUAUCCUCAAAACCACAAGAAUGGGAUUUGUUACAGUUAUUCUCAGCUUAGCGGCUACUGCUGUGUUUCUUGUAAAUGCUACACCUAUUGUUGGAGGUCUUGGCAGAGCCCAACUCGCCACACCAGAAAUCCAACAACUUGUUGAUUCCGUUCGCGAUGAUAUAAUCAGCCACCUACCUAUUGGAUACGACAGAGAAAUGCCCCUGCCAUUGAAGGCUCGCUUUUACAGAGAACAAGUCGUCGCUGGCACUAAUUAUUUCAUAAAGGUUCAAACAGGCCCCUUAAGAUUUAUCCACGUUAGAAUUUAUGAAAAUCUUGAUGGAGUUGCUUCUGUAACUGGCAUACAGCUUCAAAAGUCCAUCAGAGACCCAAUUGAAUACUUCUAAAAGCAUAAAUCUGUUUAGAUUUUUUAAAAGAAAUUCCAACAUUAGCUGUUAGAUUUGAU